AGAGCCAAGGCGAGAGACAGAGCUGGAAAAAUAAACGUUUCUCACACAACAAAUGAGGAGGAGAAGAAGAAACAGAGUUUCCACAUUCUUCUAAAACCCAGCUGAGCUUCUGCAAAACUGAGUGCUAUCAGGACUGAACAGGCGGCUGCCAAACCCAUCCACACACACACACACACACACACACACACACACACACACACACACACACACACACACACACACACACACAGAGGCAGAAAGCAGUGUCAGAUAUGACUCCAUUCGGCCUGCUGGACCGGCGCUGACAGUUGGAAAUAACUGGUUCUUCAUCCUGUAUGAUUUAGAGGAUGAAGUGACACCAAAGUGACUCUCUGAGCCCUGACAUCGUUACAGACGGAGCAGAAAAACGAGGACAUUUUUGAUGUUAUGACCUAAAAUGAAAGAUGUCAGUGAAGCUGCGGUUCAACUCGCCGUCGGAUGGAGGUCUGAUCCACAGAAGUCGCUCUUUCACGGGUUUCGGCUCGCUGAGCGGCCGGCCGCGGUCUUCCUCAAUACGUGGCUCUUUCCGCUCCAAAGGCACAUUGGGAGGUAAAUCUCCCAGAAUGCACCUCUCCCCCCGCCGAGGGUCGGCCACUACCUGGUCGCAGCCGGAGCAGGUGGACAGGGUUUUCCAAGCACUCCGCAGCGGACUCAAGGAAUAUUUAGAGGUUCACCAGGCAGAGAUGGAGCUCCUGUCGUCACAGCAGAGAGAAACCAAGAGGAACUCCAGACUGGCAUUUCUAUAUGAUCUGGAAAAGGAGAUAAAAGCGUUGGAGAGGUACAUCCGACGCUUAGAGUUUCAAAUGAGUAAGGUGGAGGAGUUGUACGAGACGUACUGCGUUCAGUGGAAGCUGUGCCAGGGAGCGGUGAACAUGAAGAGGGCCUUCUCUCUGUCCCCGUCCACCAGAGCCUCCAGGGAGAGUCUGCUGGAGCUCGGCCGCAGCCACCGACACAGCCUGCAGGACAUGUCGACCAUGGAGGGAGAUCUGGAAAUCCUCCUCGGAGAGCUGCACAUCAAAAUGAAGGGACUGAUCGGCUUCGCUCGGCUCUGCCCUGGAGACCAAUACGAGGUGGUGGUGCGGUUGGGACGGCAGCGAUGGAAAAUCAGAGGAAGGAUCGAGUCGGAUGACUCUCAGUCCUGGGAUGAAGAGGAGAUGGUCUUCCUCCCCCACGUGUACCAUAACUUUGAAAUCAAGGUGAUGGAGGCGAAGGGCCUGGGUUGGCUGCUGGUUGGCAUGGUAACGUGCGCCAGUGUGGACUUCUUCGUGGCGCAGCCACAGCUGAUGUUGGUGGACAUCACAGAGCUGGGAACCAUCAAGCUGCAGCUGGAGGUCACCUGGAAUCCGUUUGACAGCAGUGAGAAGAUGAAGCCGCUGUCCGUUAGCAAGCAGUCGGUGUUGAGCAGGAAGGGUUCGGUUUACAGCUGGACGGCACCGAACACGCCUUCAUUCACAGAAAAAUACUUUAUAUCGAUGGUUCGUGAGCUGCAGGAUCAGGAGGGUUCCCUCCCGUCUCUGGUGGCCAGGAGCCGUUCCAGCAGAGGAGGCGUGUCGCUGCUCAGCUACCUGUCCGACCCGUCACACUCCUCCACAGCAGGCCCUCAAAGUCCGUUCACCCCCAGUCUCACUCGCGCUCACAGCUACCCGUCGACCAGCCUGGCAGGAAGUCAGACUCAGCUUUCCUUUGAAGAGGAAGAGGAAGAGGAGCAGCGCGUCGAGGGGAAGGUGGACGAAGAGAAGUGGGGAGGCGUGUCAGAGACUUCCUCAGCAGAAACAAUUAAAACAGCGUCUCAUCUGGCCUUACCCAGGUCCAGCACUCCAGACAUCCUGAGGAAGAAUCCAUCAGGAGAAACCGACACCGAGACGCAAAGUGCAGCUCUGCAGCAGCAAGGACAACAGGAAUCCCCCAGGAUCCCGGCUGUCUGUGGAGCUCUGUCCGCUCCGUCGGUCCGACCCGGGCCGAGCGGCGCCCAGCGGCGAACCCAGACUGUCCGGUUGGCAGUCCUGAUGGCGGAGCUGGAGAAAUCGUUUGGUGGUGAGAGCGAUGCUGAAAAGGAGCAGAGAGCUUUGGAGCAUCAGAUCCAGCAUCUGGGAACCAUCCUGAAGAACGACCUCUCCCUGCUCCGGAGCUCCACAUCAGAGGAAACGCUGGCCGUCGAGGAAGUCCUGGGCAGCUUCGACUUCCUGUCCAACGACUUCAACGCAGAUGACGACACUUCCUGUUUGGGCAGCGUGAGGCUAAAAGACAGCGGCAUCAGUUCGUUCCAGCAGAGCACCCUGAAGAGUCUGGGCCUCCUGUCUGCAGGCAGCCAAUCGGGUUCAGAGGACGACCUGGUCAUCACCCCACUGACUUCUGGGAACUGGGGUCUGGACCAGGCGCUGGAGACGCACCUGGACAUCUGCUGCAUCCUGCUGCAGAUGAUGAAAACAAGCGACUUCAGUCUGUCUCGACGGGAGCUGCUGCAGGAGAUGUCCAAUCAGACGGCGGUUCUGGACAGAGUCGGCGGUCUGCUGCUGGAGAAGAGCGACAACAUCACACCGCGAGACGUCCUCCCUAAGGCCCAGAGGUCCAGAGGCAUCCUGCUGUUCUGGGAGGAGUGUGUGAACGCCAGCGGCUCUCCGUUCUACUGCAGCGUGGAAAACUUCUCCAGGACGCUGAAGAAGCGCUACACUCACAAAGUGAAGGCCAAGCUGCCUGGACAGUCAGAGAGAGUGUUUUCCAGACUCCUGCAGCAGCUGCAGGCCGCCUGCAGGCUGCUGCCCGGCUGCCGGCCCGUCUGCAGCCCUGAGAGGGUCACUCUGUUCCAGCUCUCCGUUUAUCUGAAGCGUUGGAGCUUCCAGGAUCUGGGGGAGCACAUCUCCCGCCUGUCCAGAGAAGAGUACAUCCUGUCGGCACUGAACAGCCCCAAACGGAGGAGGUGUUUACGCAAGCUGAGGGGGCGGGGCCUAUCGGAGCUCCUCCCACUGCAGAGCACGCUGCAGACUAUCGCCGCCCUGCUGGUGGACUCCAACCAUAAAGUCUGCAAAGCUGCAGCCAGCUGCAUCAGCAGAGCCGCAGGCUGCAAGGCCUUCAGGAGCAAGUCGGUGGUUUUCUACACAGAGAGCCUGAAAAGUUCUGAUGUUCUGAUCCAGACGGGUUCCUGUCUGGCUCUGAAAUGCCUUCGGGCGACGGAGAGCGUGGAGCAGAUCGCGGAUCUGUGCAGGUCGGCAGACGAAGAUCUUCGUGGCGUCGCCAAGGAAACCGUUUUAUCGUUUGGUAAGAAAGGAUUCGAAGCGUUCCAGAGGAUGGAGCAGAUGUUUGCGGACAUGCAGGAUGAAGCGUAUCAGAACCUGGAGACGGAAAUCACCAUUUUAUAAAAGUUCAGAGACAAACUUUACCAAAAACCAGCAGCGGAAAAGAUCCGACGUUUUCCUGCAGGACUUUGAGCAGAACUUGAAUUUAUUAUUUUUAUUUUUUGGUCAGAAUAUUAUUUUAAGAGACGCUCUGUUGCAGAAACAUUUAUUUAACCUGAAAAAUGCAGCUUUAUGAUGGCUGGGACUCUUUCAAGUUGGAGAAAAAUGAUUUAUUUUCAUCAUAAUUGAUGUUUUUUAGUUUGAUAAGAUGCAUAAUGAGUAAAAAUAAAUAUUUGGUGCUUAUGAAGCCCAGAAGGACUGAAUAAAUCCAGAGUGAUCCCAAAACGAGUCGACCUGCUUCAGAAGUUUAACCGUUAUUGAAUGAAAAAUAAAAUUAUUAGAACUGAAGAAAUUCACAAACUAAUUUAGUUGGAUUUAGUACAAACAGAAACUGAAAUGGAAUUAAAUAUUUAGAUGUUAAAUUGUAUAUAAAAAAAAUAAAGGUACUAAUCAUGAAUUGAGGACAAUUUAAGAAAAAUAUUAAGUAAUGAAAAUAUCAGUCGUUCUGGCCACAUUUAUUUGAUCAGUUUUUUUCAGAGCUGCCCUGAACGGUUUCAAUUUUCUUUUUAAAUAUUCAUGGAUUUUAGAAAAUAAAAAUAAAAAAUGAAACUAAUCUAAACAUUUCAGGGAUAAAACUGGAUUGUUGCUCUUUAAAUGACCUCUUUAUAUAUCUAUAUAUAUCUGCAGAUAUAUAUAUAUAUCUACAUAUAUGUACAUGUAGAUAAAUAUAUAUAUCUAUAGAUAGGUCUAUAUAUACAUCUAUAGACAGGUCUCUCUAUAUAUAGAUCUAUCUAUACACAUAUAGAUAGAUCUAUAUAGAGAUUUUGACCUUAAAAUUUCCUAAAAAAGCAUUUUUCUAAAUCUUCAUGUGUUAGAAUAUUUAUUUAUUUUUAUUUACAAGUUUUUUUGUUGUUUUUUUUGUGAACUUUUUCAAAAUUUCAAUUUAAACAAAAUUUAAAACGAUUUUAAAUCCAAAUAAUACUGACUUUAUUCCACUCCUUCAACCUACUAUUUCACUAUUUUUUUAAAUAUUGAAAAAACUUAAAUUUUAAAUUCACAAACUGCUAGCCUGAUAAUAUUCAUUAGCCUUCCUCUGGAAAGAUAAAAAUUUUUACAUAAUGCAAAGUAAUGUAAAUGAUCGGUAUCAUUAAAAUACUGAUCAUUUAUUUUGGAUUUUAGAAAAUCUCCAAAGAUUUCAGGAAUAUCUUUAAUUAUUGUAGACACAGUGCUGCCCUCUGGUGGCUCAACCAGCAAACUGUGCUCCAGUUUGCUCAAACUGAAUUCUCUAAAAAAAAAAAAAAAAAAAAUUCAGCUUUU